AUGAAUCCGCAGCCGACCCGCGACACCUCGAGGUACCACCGCCCAUCCCCGGGCCUUUGGCAGCUGCGCAGAGAGGUGAAGCUUCGGCGGCAUCCCAGCCAAAGGCGCCAACACCAGGCGAGCGGCCAGCACUCUCCACAGCUGCCAGCGCAGGUGAAGCUUCAGCGCCUUCCUCAUCGAAGGUGCCAACACCAGGCGAACUCAAAGCGCCCCCGACGGCUGCGAAAUCCAAGGCGCCAACAUCAGGGGAACGGCCGGCACUGCCCACAGCUGCCAGCGCAGGUGAAGCCACGCUCAGUGGGCCUCCGACGGCUGCCAAAUCCAAGGUAUGGCGGCUCGCAGCGAAGCGCCUCCGCGAUUGCCAUUUGCCUUGCUGCCUUUCGGCACAGCUCCAGCGCCAGGUGAAGCCUCAGCACCCUCCGAAGCGAAGGCGCUGCGAUCUGUGCUGGCCCCUUUCGGCGGCAAAGUGCUGA